UCUCUGUUUAGGGGUCAGUGCUCUAAAAUGAGUCUCUCUGGGGAGAGAGAGGAGGGGGGCCCUGCCUCUAAAAUGAGUCUCUCUGGGGAGAGAGAGGAGGGGGGCCCUGCCUCUAAAAUGCAUCUCUCUGGGGGACAUGACACCAAAGCUAAGAGACCAAUCAAGCGGAAGAGAACAGCCUCCCCUGUACCCAGCUGUGUGUCCAUGAAGAGUGACUGGUCUAUGAGUCAACCUAUAGAGUUUAGAGAGGGAGACUUUUCUACUGAACAAAGAAACCAACAGGAGAGAUCAGAGUCAGAGAUUCUCAGUGGUCAGUCUUCCCAGAGUCAUCAAACAGACCUGGCCUCCAUAUUCAGUAUGCUUGAAGAGAAUAUUAUGACAUUUGUGAAGAACGAGCUGAAGAUGUUCAAGAGGAUUCUUAGUCCAGAACUCCCAGAAGGCUUUGAGAGGCAGAAGCAGGAUAAGGAAGUGGUGGAUGCUGAAGAUGAGAAGCAGGAGAGCAGUGCCAGAGAGGGGGCUCUGAAGAUCACACUGCACGUCCUGAGGAAAAUGAACCAGAAGGAGCUUGCUGACACACUGGAGAAAUAUUCAGAUGAGCUUGCUGUGAUUUGCCAACGUGAACUCAAAUCUAAUCUAAAGAAGAAGUUUCAAUGUGUAUUUGAGGGGAUCGCUAAACAAGGAAACCCAACACUUCUCAAUAAGAUCUACACAGAGCUCUACAUCACAGAGGGUGGAACAGGAGAGGUCAAUAAUGAACAUGAGCUGAGACAGAUUGAGACAACAACCAGGAAACAAGCAAGACCAGAGACUGCAAUCAAAUGUAACGACAUCUUCAAACCCUUAACUGGACAAGACAAACUUAUCAGAACUGUACUGACAAAGGGAGUCGCUGGCAUUGGAAAAACAGUCUCUGUGCAGAAGUUCAUUCUGGACUGGGCUGAAGGAAAAGCAAAUCAGGAUGUCCAAUUUGUAUUUUCAUUCCCUUUUCGGGAGCUGAAUUUGAUGAAAGGGGAAAAACACACUUUCAUUGAACUUCUCAAUCACUUCUCAAUGGAAACAAAACAAUCAAGAAUCUCCAACUACAACAAGUACAAAGUUCUGUUCAUCUUUGAUGGUCUGGAUGAGUGCCGACUGCCCCUAGACUUCCAGAAGAACAAGAUCUGUUGGGACGUCACAGAGUCAACCUCAGUGGAUGUUCUGCUGACAAAUCUCAUCAAAGGAAAUCUGCUUCCCUCUGCUUUCCUCUGGAUAACUACCCGACCUGCAGCAGCCAAUAAGAUCCCUUCAUGGUGUGUUGACCAGGUGACAGAGGUACGAGGGUUCAAUGACCCACAGAAGGAGGAGUACUUCAGGAAGAGAUUCAGUGAUGAUGACCUGGCCAGCAGAAUCAUCUCACACAUAAAGACAUCAAGGAGCCUCCACAUCAUGUGCCACAUUCCAGUCUUCUGUUGGAUUUCUGCAACAGUCCUUGAACACAUGCUGAAACAUAAGAGAGAAGAGAUGCCCAAGACUCUGACUGAGAUGUACACACACCUUGUGGUGUUUCAUACCAAACAGAGGAAUGAAAAGUAUCUUGGGAACGAAGAGACAGGUCCGCACUGGAAUCAAGAUAUCAUUCUGUCACUGGGAAAACUGGCUUUUCAACAGCUUGUUAAUGGCAAUCUUAUUUUCUAUGAAGAAGACCUGAAAGAGGCUGGCAUUGAUGUCAAUGAAGCCUCAGUGUACUCAGGAUUGUGCACACAGCUCUUUAAAGAGGAAUGUGUGCUGUACCAGGACAAGGUGUACUGCUUUGUUCAUCUGAGCAUUCAGGAGUUUCUGGCUGCUGUAUAUGUGUUCCUCUCAUUCAUCAACAACAAUGAGAAUCUAAUGGCCGAACCGCAAUCAACGUCCAGGAACCUUUCUGCGCUGUUCAGAGACAAGCAUAAAGUUACUGUCUACAAGAGUGCUAUGGAUAAAGCCUUACAAAGUGAGACGGGAAACCUGGACCUUUUCCUCCGCUUCCUUCUGGGCCUCUCACUGGAGUCCAAUCAGAAGCACUUACGAGGUCUACUGACAAAGACAAGAAGCAGCUCACAGAGCCAUGAAGAAACAGUCAAGUACAUCAAGGAGAAGAUCGAGAAGAAUCCUUCUCCAGAGAGGAGCAUCAAUCUGUUCCACUGUCUGAAUGAACUGAAUGACCAUUCUCUAGUGGAGGAGAUCCAAAGCUUCCUGAACUCAGGAAGUCUCUCAAAACCCAACCUGUCACCUGCACAGUGGUCAGCUCUGGUCUUUGUGUUGCUGACUUCAGAAAAGGAGCUGGAUGUGUUUGACCUGAAGAAAUACUCCAGAUCAGAGGAAGGUCUUCUGAGGCUGCUGCCAGUGGUCAAAGCCUCCAGAGCUGCUCUGCUGUCAGGCUGUCUAGUCACAGAGGAAGGCUGUGCUUCUCUGGUCUCAGCUCUGGAGUCAAACCCCUCACACCUGAGAGAGCUGGAUCUGAGUAACAAUGACCUGAAGGAUUCAGGAGUGAAGCUGCUCUCUGCUGGACUGGGGAAUCCCCACUGUGAACUGGAGACUCUGAGGCUGUCACACUGUCUAGUCACAGAGGAAGGCUGUGCUUCUCUGGUCUCAGUUCUCAGUUCAAACCCCUCACACCUGAGAGAGCUGGAUCUGAGUAACAAUGACCUGAAGGAUUCAGGAGUGAAGCUGCUCUCUGCUGGACUGGGGAAUCCCCACUGUAAACUGGAGACUCUGAGGCUGUCAGGCUGUCUAGUCACAGAGGAAGGCUGUGCUUCUCUGGUCUCAGCUCUGAGGUCAAACCCCUCACACCUGAGAGAGCUGGACCUGAGCUACAAUCACCCAGGAGUCUCAGGAGUCAGACUGCUCUCUGCUGGACUGGAGGAUCCACACUGCAGACUGGAGAAACUCAAUGUGGAACAUGGUGGAGAGAACACAAUGAAACCUGGGCUUAGAAAAUAUGUCUGUGAUCUCACACUGGACCUAAACACAGUAGACAGACGCCUCUCUCUGUCUGAGGAGAACAGAAAGGUGACAUGGAGGACAGAGGAGCAGCCGUAUCCUGAUCACCCAGAGAGAUUUGAGGACUGGGGACAGGUGCUGUGUAGAGAGCGUCUGACUGGGCGCUGUUACUGGGAGGUAGAGUGGAGUGGGAGAAGGGCUGAUAUAGGAGUGACAUAUAAAGGAAUCAGCAGGAGAGGAGGGGUUAAGGACUGUUGUCUUGGAUACAAUAACACGUCCUGGAGUCUGUUCUGCUCUGACAACAGUUACUCUGUCUAUCACAAUAAUAAUCCCACUACCAUAGACGUCCCCUCCUCCAGCCCCCACAGAGUAGGAGUCUAUCUGGACUGGCCAGCCGGCACUCUGUCCUUCUAUAGAGCCUCCUCUGACACACUGACCCACCUGAUCACAUUCACCUCCACAUUCACUGAGCCCCUCUAUCCAGGGUUUAGGGUUGAUGAUGUUGACUCCUCAGUGUCCCUGGAAAUAAUAACCUGACACACACACACACAUUGACACACACACACUGGACACUCACAGACACACAUUGGACACACACACACACACACACACACACACACACACACACACACACACACACACACACACACACACACACACACACACAGUCUUGUACGGCUAACCUUGUGGGGACAUACAAUUCAGUCCCAUUCAAAAUCCUAUUUUCCCUAACCCCUAACC